AUGCAAAGUCAAGCACAAAAUCUGUUUUGGCGAACAUCAACAACGAAUAGUUUUCGUCGAUUUCUUGUUCUCUUACGCGGCACAACUCAAAGUAAUAGAUUGCAAUCAGCACUACAAACAAUGAAAAUGCAUUUACUGUAUGUAUAUCCGAAUGGUUUAAUCGAUCCAUAUCCGUUGGAUACAAUUUGGGCUUUAAAUCGUUCCACAGAAUGUUAUUGUGAUUCUACAUCAAGUUGUUCGUUGCCAUCUGGCUUUUUUAGUCGCUUCGCUUACGAAAGUGAGGGAUACUUUACAUUGCCUCGUUCAUUUCUGGCAAAAGUACCUGGAUUUGUGGCCGCAUGUUAUGCCCUUGAAUCAGUAUAUCAAUCAAAGCUCGAAUGUUUCUUCAAUUCAACAUGUCUCAAUGUUGUUCUCAGAUAUUUUCCAUUAAGUAACAACACACCUAUCGAUAUUCUUGACAGUAAUCAAACACAAUACGCACCAAACACAACUAUUGGAACACUUAUCGACAACCUUUUUAUUGAAAACUGGUCUUCAAAUAGUUCAUUCUCAGCCUACUACUUACAAUGUGCUCCAAUUUCAUGCACAUAUAAAUUCACAGAAAAAAACAGUGCUCUAUAUGUGCUGACUACAUUGUUAGGUCUCUAUGGUGGACUUGUAACUGUGCUUCGUUUAUGUGUACCCCUCGUGGUUGGAUGGUGGCGAAAACGUAACCUUCAAACAGAUCCCAAUCCACGUAAGUUUUUUUUAUUGCGUGUAACAGAGUAUAAAACCAUCUAUCACUCUCUUAGCUAUUGGUCUUAUCGAGCGCUCUCGAACAGUCUGGCAAUGGAUUCGGGAUCAACUGAACGAGUUGAAUUUGUUCGAUUCAGCUGCUGCACGCACUGGUCCUUUCGAAUUGGAAACCGCAAAAAUAUCUACUCGCGUCUAUAUUUUUCUCACACUUCUGUCCAUGGCCAUUAUUGCUAUAUAUACAAUGUCAUCUUAUCAAACUCAAGUUGUUACUAUUCAAAAACUAUCUCGAAUGACCUUUGAACAUUUGUACAACAAAUAUCAAAGCACGCUUCAAUGUCCAUGUAGUCAUAUUGCCAUUCCAUACAAAUCAUUCACUUUAUUAUCUCCUGAACUUCAUCCAUUAUGCUCGAGCUUGUUCGUAUCCAAGGCGUGGAGUGCUUCUAUAUCGAGUCUGAAUAUUGUUGACUCAUUAUUUGAUAUUAUAGACUUUCGAGUAGCUGGUGUAACAUUUUUCAACACUCUGACCACUUUAUGUUCUCUCUCACAAACGACUGUGAACAAUAGUUGGUACAUUUUUAGUCAAAAUUCAUUCGUUACCGAUCUAGUAUUGUCCGAAUUUGAAUUCAAAACUCGUACAGAAAUUACACUCGAACAAUUUAAAAAGAAUACAAUAGCCGAAUUCAAACAUAUUCUAUCACUCAUUGAAGCACACACAAGGACUUUGUAUGCUACAGGAUAUGAAAACGUGUUAUUGGACAAUAAUCGGUCCGCAAAUACUACUACGCCGAUUGAUUUUGGCUGGAUGCCAUCAGCAUCGACUACAUGUUCUUGCGGAAUCGAAGAUGAAUGUCGAGAUGAAAUAGCUUUUUUUAAUUAUACAAAUAAUACUAUCUAUAAUCCAUACUACUUGAAAUUCACUCUUCCAAAUAUUUUCGCAGGCUGUUUCGUCAUUACAUCCGUUUAUCAAUCUACACUCGAAUGCUUUUUCAAUCAAACAUGUUUGGAUCUUAUACAAAGCGAGAUUAAAUCGAGUAAAUCCAUCAAUAUAUCUAUUCUCCAGACAAAUGCUACUCAAUUUUCACCUCAAACUCCCAUUGGAACCAUAAUAGAUCAUCUCAUGGUUGAAACAUGGAAUGAAAAUAGUCAAUACAACGCAUACUACGAGCAAUGUGCACCCGAACAAUGCACAUAUAUAUUUACGUCGCGCAAUAAUCUAUUGCAAAUAGUCACAACAAUUGUUGGCUUGUUCGGUGGACUCUCAGUCGCGCUAAAAAUCAUUACUCCUCCCAUCGUCUCGUUGAUACGGGAUCGAAUCCGUCGAAGGAUCGAAACAAACAAUGCAACAGGCAAGUAGUGUUGUGUCUAAUAGUACUCAAUUUGACUUUUAUAUUUUUGUAUGAUAGU